CUUUACUUUCGGUUUCGUGGACCUGGUGGACGUGCUGGUAUUCCGUUUAUCUAACCCCCUUUUUUUAACGGGAAUUUAACCCCAAACUCAAAGUUUGAACAGCAGACUGACUCAGCUGGACCUGGACUCACUUUAAUCCGGACUAAGAAGAUGCGGAUCCUCGAUAAUCUGUGGGGUUUUAUUGUGAUCUCCGUGUGUCUGGUCUGGGCCCACGCCAGUAAGUUUACAGAUAAACCCUGUUUUUUAUGUUAGUGUUUAUUAAUGGAGUUACCUUUAUUAAAGGUGUAUGUGUGCUGAAAGGUGUGAACUGACACGCGGAAGUGUGUUUCCAUUAUCAUUUAAUCCGGAUUAAGAUGAUGAAGACUCCAAACUUUAGUCCAGCUCAACUUCCUGAACUCUGCUCCUGUAUUGAUAUGUGAUUAUUGUAACCAGAAUGGUGAUUAUAAAGUUAAUGAUAAAGUUCAGCUGUCAUGUAAAGUUAGAUUUCUGUUGUGAGGUUCUGUUUGAAACUUUAUUUGAUUUCAUUACGAACCGCUCCUGUUUCUGGCCUCCAUGUUGGUCACACCCAGACCUGACUGUGGUUCUACUGAGUUAAGGUUCUCUCUUAGUGGGUCUUUUGGUCCACUUUUAAUCAGGUCCAAACAGCUGAUCAUAAGAACAAAACACCUGCUAUAAAAUCCAAGCUCACCUGCUGUUCAGAGGUUUUUAAAGAGGGUGUUUUGACCUUUUCUCGUUUUGUUUGUAGGUGAUGUGAAGUAUGGAAUAAAAGGACAGGAUGUUACCCUCAGACCAUCCCCUGUACCGUCUCCAAUCACCAACAUCCAGUGGAAUCAUGGGGAAGACAUUGCUGCAGAGUGGUCUGUUCAGUUAGAGACGGACUGUUAUCGCCAGUUUAAAGGUACUUUCACUCACAGUCUGAGUUUCUAAAAAUGACCCUGGUUCUUUAAAACUGUUACACCUGAGAGAAAUCAGAGAGUUCUCAGAGGGUUUUCAUGAUUUUUAGAGGUUAUCUGACUCCAUCACUACAAUCCUCUGAUUUUAGAUUUGAAGUUCUGUUUUCUGUGUUUUUAAAGGUCGCUGCUCGCUGGAUCAGUCGACUGGAGCGCUGAAGAUUACAGGUCUUACUGGGAGCGAUGGUGGCAUCUACACAGUGGAGAUCAAUCAUCAGCUGAUUAACCCCAGGAUUGAACUGUCUGUCAUCUGUAGGUUCAGGAAUGGAGGACAGAGUUUUACACUUUUAAAUACAAGAGUCUUAAGGUCUUAUUUUGGUUUCUUUUCACCCAGCUGAGGUCCCUAAACCCUCCAUCUCUGAAAACUGUGACGCUGAAAUGACCAACUGUGAGCUGACCUGUGAAGGCAACACUACAGGCGCUGGACCGGUCACCUACAAGUGGAUUUUAGAUGAUACAGACGGACCUUCAGACAAGGUUCUCACUGUAAAUAAGGUACGACGAGGCUGUAACCAUGGGAACGUUUACGACAGAACGAGCUCGUUAAACUCGAAGAUAAUAUUAGAUUUGUAUUUUUUUUUCUAGGAGACACCAGAGAAUAGUUUCUACUGCCUGAUGUCUAACCCGGUCAGCAAUCACAGCAGUGGAAGGAUCUCUAACCCCUUCAUCGCUGAGAGUGAGACAUCCACACAUACUCUUCAUUAACCAGAGUGUAACAGUACUUUCUAACCACGACCAGGUGGAUUGUGGGAGUUUUAAUCAACGUGUUGAUUGAUCAGUUGAUUGAAUAGUUACUCUCCUGUUAUAGAUACAGUUAAGACCCUGAUCUCUACCUUUCUCUAACAUGACAGUCACACACACACACACACACACACACACACACACACAUACAUGAUUCUGAAUUAUCACACUGGAGCAUCAUGGAACAGCUGUCUGUUAAAUUUUCUGUUUUAUUGAUCAGUUUAUUGAUUCUGUUCGCAGAUCAUCGAGUCAGACUGACAUCCAUCAUCAUACCUGUGAUAAUACUCGGGAUUCUGGUGUUGGGUAUCGUGGGUUUUGUAAUUUUCUGCAGGAGAAGAAGAGGUAAGGAGCCACAAAUACUGCGAUGAUCUCAAAUGUGUUCAGAGUUUAAAAAGGAUCAAUUCUCAAUAUCAGGUCAGACUACUCUCAACGGAGGUAAUCCAAGAGGAGCUAAAGCAACACCAGCAGGUGAGCUCCUGACUCUGCUCCUGUCCUGUAGACGUGUCUCAUCGAUGUGAAUCAUGUGAUUAGCACAUACAUCAUGAUCCUUCUGUGUUUGACAGAAACCAUGAGGAUGAUCCGAUACGGCUCCAAUGGCUGCGACGCGGCCCACCAACAACCAAACCACGUCAGCUGUGAGUGAAAAGUUCAUCGUUUUAGAGCAAAGACAGUCAAUCUAUGAUCUUCACACAAUAAUGGGGAAUCUGUUUUAGCAGCUGGUUCAGAGGUCAGAGGUGAACCCGACCAGGGUUCAGCAUCAGCCGGGUCCACUAACCAUCUGAGUGGAGAGGGUGAGUGACACUGUGGUGGACCUGUCAGUUCCUCACAGCAGCAGCUGACUCUCUGUGAUGGUGUUUCCUCUCACUCUCUCCUCAUUUUGUCUCCUGUGUCUGUGGGUGAAGGAGAGCUCACUGAGGUCCAGAUUAACGCCGAGACCCACAAUCCCAGCCGGGACUCUGGUAAGUCAGGAUACAGACCUGGAGGACAUAGAUGUUAUUUAGGGACGCGUACUUUAGUCCUGGUUUAUAUGUCAGUCUGAACCUGUGACUCUUUCGGCAGCAGGAGCAUCAGCCACUCCUGAGCAGAACCCAGCCGACACUGCACCUGCAGACAUCACCAUGGAAACAGCAGGUGAGUUCAAACCGAUCUGACCCAAACGAGUUUAUCUUCCUGUUACUAUAUUUCUAACCAGUUUAAUAAUUUACUAAAGAGAUCCAGUCAGCUGUGGAUGAAACAUCCGACCAGGACCAGAGCGCUCCUGGAUCUGUUAGUACCAGCAAGGAAACAGGUGAGUAAUACUUGGACUCGCUCAGUCCUGUACGAAGGUUUUUAUUAUAGUCUGGGUCAUGAGGUCUACAUAUUCGGAUCAGUAAAAAGAUCCAAAACCAGAAACUCCCUGAUCAGCAGCAGCAAGAAGACUGCUGGGAAUGAGAGGUUUGAACGUAGAAGAAAGACGCCGAAUUUAACCAAAUAUUAGAAGUUCUGAUGAUCUUCAAAACUCUGUCUGAGUGAGACACAAUGAGAGCUCUGAGGAGGGAGGUCCACGCUCAGCAGAAGAAGCAGACUUUUAGAUCAGCCGUUCAUUUUCAAAGAUGAGAUUCAGUAACUCUUCUGUCUCAUGUGGCAGGAGACCCUGAGGACAUCUCAGACGUCCAAGAGACAGCGGUCCGAGAGCCGACAGCAGGUGGUCCAGAAGAUGCUGACUAGAGCUGAAGAAUUUAUUGAAAACAACAGAAGAUUUGUGUGCAGAGAUUAGAGUCGGAGUCCGCUCCAUGGGGAGAUGUUACAGGUGCUGAUGGUUCCUGCUGUUACUGCGGGGGGGGGACUCGGGUCAGACAUUUAUGAGUCCACUCAGUCUGGAGGAGGAGGAGGAGGUUGAUUCCUCACGGGUUUGAGGUCCAAAGAAGCAUGACUGACCUAAUGUACGAUGAACUUCUACCAUCAAGUCUGAGAUCCAGGGUCGCCCCUUUUCACCAGGUCUGACUGAAACCCUCUGAACAUGGAGCUGAGGUCCAUGUGGGUUGGAGACCUCUGUAGAAGCUGUCUGCUGUCUGAAUGCUGCUUUAUUCUGUGUGUAUGAUGUCAAUGGAGCUGCAGGGAUGUGUGUUAAAUUCAGUCUGACAACAAAGACAUAAAUAAUCGAAUAAUCCUGAAGACGGUCACUCCUGAAGUGUGGGCUCUGGCCUCCUUGUGGACUCCUAUGGUAUUACAUCCAGGCUGUGAGAGGAGGUCACUGAGGAAGAACCAAUCAGACGUGAAUGUGUUUAAUUUAGACCGUCUGAAAUUUGACUCACACUUUAAGUUAUUAAAACAGAUCAUUUUUUCUAUCAUCUGAAAUUGAACAUGAAACACCUCGUCUUCGAGCAGAAUCUCCUCAGAGGGAUCGGUUAGAGGUUUGACCUCACAGCACCUCAAGAUCUCAAACAACAGCUCUUUAAGGUGGUUUUUAUUUAAGGAGGAAAUGGAAAUGUCUUCAAUCAGCUGAAUUUUAUUACAUGUUUCAUUCCUGAUCCCUGCAGCUGCAGCAGAAACUGUCCUCUUUGAUUCUGUGAGGGACCAGGUCUCUGAACCCAGUCUGGGUCCAGAGUCUUAGAGUACCUGAGUCCUGCUCGUGGUGAUAAUUCCUGAGAUUAGAGUUUCCAUCAGACGAUCAUGCGGGUUUAUAUUUUUUUAUUAAAGCUGCUUCGUUCAAAGUGACGACUCUUGAACUGUGCAGAAGGAUCUCAGGGCCGGACGUCUGUUUCUACUUGAAUAUUUAUCCGAGUUUUUUUGUUCCCGGUCUGUUUUUUUUUCUUUUGCACCAAAACCAUCUGUUCAGUCUCUCUCAUCAGCCAAAGCUGCGUUUGAUCUCUCAUGAUUUCUUUGACAGUUAAAUCACCAAAAAAGGAAAUUAAACCUUUAAAAGGACAAAAAUAGGAUCUUUUAGAUGUGUCAUUUUAAAAUGCUUUGAUGCAAAAUAACCACAGAUGUUCUCAGUGAGCAGAGAUGAGUAACUUAUUUAAAAUCUUGUGAAUAUAUUUGAAUUUCUUUAACAGUAAAAUCAUGAAAACAUUUUUAAAACUUUGAUAAUCUGCCGCUGAAAACAUCUGUUUUAUGAAGCGUUUUUUUAAUGCUGCUGAGUUCCUCUUUGUCCAGCAGAGGGCGUCGUCGAGCUGAAAUCAAAUAGAUGUUCAGAUCAGACAGGAGAAAGGCUUUUAAAUGUUUAAAAUGGACUUAAUUCAAUCAAAAAUACAUUUUAUCACACAUACACACUCCAGGAAAACCAUUCCAAUAUUUAUGACUUUCUUCUGUUGUUUUUCUUUUUAUAGGUUUAAGUUGAAGUACUGUAAAUGUUUGAAUCUGUUACAGAAACCUGAGCUGUUGUUUGUUUAUGUCCUAACCUUUCUGCACUGUUUAUGUGAACAAAACAGUAAAUCACUGUACAAACAGAAAACAGUCAUUUUGAACUAACAUGGCUCAAUAUGAACGACUCUGACAGAGAGAGAGAGCAGAGAGGAGGAUUUAUACCACACACUUAUUUAUUAUUGUCAUCUCUGAGGAGCUCCUCUGUUUACAAUGAAUCAUCUCAGAGCUGCAGUCAAGUUCAUCUUUAAUCGUCUUUAAACACAGAGGUGGUGUGUCGUAGUUCUGGGACUCACCUCCAUCAUCCAUCAGUGUUCAAGGUCUCAGAGGAAUAUUCAGAGAUCAUGAUGGUUUUAAGCCGCAGUCUGCUGUGACGUCAUUCUGUGGUUCCAGAUCCUGUUACAAACACACAAAGGGAGGAGGUCCAGAUGAGGAGCUUCAGUCCACAGGGACCUCCUGGUCCAUUGUCACAGAGUCACUCAGCAGACGAUCAUAUAACAGCAGGGACCUGAUUCACGAGCUGCAGCCUCACCUCCGUUUGUUUGAGCUCAAAUGAGAAAUCACUCGUUUGAUUGAGGAGGAGAAGGUUUGAACAGCUGGAUCAAACAGCUGUUCGGUGCUGACAUAGAUCUAUAUAUACAUAGAUGUAUAUAUACAUAGAUGUAUAUCUAUGGACCAACUAAAAGGGCCAAACUUGUUUGUACUUUUGUAAGAGUGUGAUUUUUUUAUUAAUAAAGAUGUUAGACCGGAGAGUGUGUGCUUUAUCUUUACAGUUUCGUGUUUGAUUAUAAAUUUGUUUCUGUCAAACUCUGCAAAGAUGUUCAUGGUUUCCAGAGGAUAGACCUGGAUCUGCAUGUCAGCUUCGCUCCUCUGAGUACAAACCCUGAAGUGCAGAUCUGGAUUUCCUUUUUGUCUUCUCACCCACUCUGUUAAAAUUCUCACAGACCUCUG